UGCGCAGACUUCGUCAUGACGCGCAUUGAUCGGGUAGGGGUCUGGAGUCUGAGAGAGCGAACAACGUGCUUUAGAUUAACCGGAUUUAGUAAAACAGUAAUUGAAUCCAUCCGCCUCGAAAAGAUGUCCUCCCAAGUCAGGCUGAGGCUGCUGCCGAGCACCAGGUGUCUGUUUGAUGAGCCCGUUCAGCUGAAAGUGGCCGGGCUGCGGUCAAGGCAGGUGGUCACAAUCAGAGCCACAUCGACCGACGAGAGAGAAGUGGUGUUCAGCUCUUCAGCCACUUACAGGGCAGAUGAUGGCGGAGAGGUCGACCUGAACCGAGACCCCUCACUCAACGGGAGCUACGUUGGAGUGCAGCCCAUGGGUCUGCUGCAGUCACUGAAGGCAGACACUUUGCACAAGUACUUCUUCAAGAACAAAGCUCUGAACCCUCACGUGGUGAAGUUUUCUGUGCAUGAGCAGGAGGCGGAUGGCAGGAUACUGGCAGAAGAGACAAACGAGAGGUUUUUGAUGGGAGACGGGGUCAGUCGGGACCCAGUCAAAGAGGGGAACAUACGAGGAGUCUUGUUUACACCCCCAGGAGAAGGUCCGUUCCCUGCUGUGCUGGAUCUGGGCACCUUCAUGUCUGAGAAAAGAGCCUGUUUGCUGGCCAACAAAGGGUUUCUGGUCCUCACGAUUGCUGUGUUCAGUGACAGACAAAAUAUGAAAGAGAUACAUCUGGACCCCUUUAAAGAAGCCGUGGAUUUCUUACGCCACCACCCCAAGGCGGGCAGUAAAGGAGUCGGCAUAAUAUCAAGAUCAAAGGGAACAGAUAUCGCGCUCUCUCUUGCUGCAUUCGUGCCCGGUGUGGAGGCCUUAGUUUGGAUCAAUGGCACCAGUGCCAGUGUGGGCACUCCCCUCUACUACAAGAAACAGCAGAUCCUCUCACCCUUAAUGUUUGACUUCAGCAAGGUGAUUACCACCAAGUCUGGAGCAAACCUUACCAAGUAUGCUACUGAAGAUCCCCUGGAAGAGAAGAACAAAGGAAGCCUCGUCCCCAUUGAACGAGCCAAGAGCCAGUUUCUCUUUGUGGCUGCAGAGGAUGACCUCAACUGGGACAGCAAGGCCUACAUGGACCAGAUGGUGGAGAGACUGAAGCGUCAUGGGAAGGAGAACUUUGAGACUGUUUUUUAUCCUGGAGCUGGACAUUUGCUGGAGCCACCCUAUGGACCCUUCUGUUCCUCUGCUUUCCAUGGGAUCCUUAGCUUCUCAGUGGUGUGGGGAGGGGAGCCCAGGGCCCACGCAGCAGCAGAGAUCCACCUGUGGAAGAAGAUAGAGGAGUUCUUUAGAACUCACCUGAGUUGUGAUGCUGCACAGGCUAAAGCCAAUUUAUAAACAGGAUUUGAAAGAUAAAACAAAAAACAACUAUUGAAUAUAUUAUUUUAUUUGCUUGUGAAUAUUUUCUGUUCUGUCUUUGAAUGCAUUUCAUGUUUGAUUUUAAUAUCAGAAUACUUUAAUAAUUCCUCAGGGAAUUAUGUGGGUUACAGUUACUCCAGGACAACAGUAAAUGGCCUG